UGCCAAUAUGCGUGCAGAGAUAAAAGAAAUGAAAAUAAAUCAAGAUGCAAUGCUAAAGAAGAUUCUGAGUCUUGUGAAGGAAAUAUCAAAGACAAAAGGAAAGAAGGAAGUGAUGAAGGACAGAGAGGACAUGGAAGAUGAAGCUAUGAAGGAUAUCAGUGAUGAGCACAGUAGCACGGAUGGCAAUGAGAGUGAAAGCUCUGAAGAAGAUUCUCAGGAGAAUGACAAGGAUGAAGCUAUGAAGGAUGUGAGUGAUCAGAAAAGUAGCACGCCUGACAACGAGAAUGAAAGCUCUGAAGAAGAUUCUCAGGAGAAUGACAAGGAUGUGAGUUAUCAGAAAAGUAGCACACCUGACAACGAGAAUGAAAGCUCUGAAAAAGAUUCUCAGGAGAAUGACAAGGAUGAAGCAAUAAAGGAUGUGAGUGAUCAGAAAAGUAGCACUCCUGACAAUGAGAAUGAAAGCUCUGAAGAAGAUUCUCAGGAGAAUGACAAGGAUGAAGCAAUAAAGGAUGUGAGUGAUCAGAAAAGUAGCACUCCUGACAAUGAGAAUGAAAGCUCUGAAGAAGAUUCUCAAGAGAAUGACAAGGGGAAGCAGAAAGAUGAGCAGCAAGCUGAUGAUACAGAAGUUGACAAUGAAACAAUUGCCCAAAGAAUUGCUAAAAUGAAGAAC